GUAUCUCUUGUUCCGCUUUCUGUGGUGACCCUCCUCCCGCCGCGCAAAUGCAGGUUCUCGACCUCCCGGAGGAGAUCCGUUGGCUCCUAGAAGAUACUGAAGACUUUCUGGCAGAAGGCUUGCAGAAUGAGACCCUCAGUGCUGGGGCCCAGGACCAGAGAGACCACAUUCUCCGGGGCUUCCAGCAAAUCAAAUCCAGGUACUGUUGGGAUUUUCAGCCCCAAGGAGGAGACCUUGGCCAGGACAGCUCUGAUGACAAUCUGAGUGGGACUCACGGCCCACCCCUCACAUCAGAAGCAUCCUUUUGGUCAGAUUAUCAGGACGAGGGACUGGAAGACGCCUUACGAGGAGCUCAAGAGCUGGAUAACGUCAUCAAGCAAGGUUACUUGGAGAAGAAAAGCAAAGAUCACAGCUUCUUCGGGUCAGAGUGGCAGAAGCGAUGGUGUGUUGUCAGCAGAGGUCUCUUCCUCUACUAUGCUAAUGAGAAAAGCAAGCAGCCCAAAGGGACCUUCCUCAUUAAGGGCUACAGUGUCCGGAUGGCCCCGCACCUGCGAAAAGACUCCAAGAAAGAAUCCUGUUUCGAACUGACCUCCCAGGACAGGCGCAGCUAUGAGUUUACAGCUCUUAGUCCAGCUGAUGCCAGAGACUGGGUGGACCAAAUCAGCUUCUUGUUAAAAGACCUUAGCUCCUUAACCAUUCCUUGCGAAGAGGAGGAGGAGGAGGAGGAGAAGGAGGGAGAGAAAGAAGAGGAAGAAACAUAUGAUGACAUCGAUGGCUUUGACUCCCCAAGGCCUGGUGCCCAGUGCAGAGCCAUGCCCUUGCCUGAGCCCACAGACAAAGAAGAGGACAUUUACGAAGUCCUACCAGUGGACUAUGCCAAUUAUUACCAGGGCCUAUGGGAUUGCCAUGGCGACCAGCCGGAUGAACUGUCCUUCCAACGGGGUGACCUCAUCCGCAUUCUGAGCAAGGAGUAUAACGCGUACGGCUGGUGGGUAGGAGAACUGAACAGCCUCGUUGGGAUUGUUCCAAAGGAAUAUCUCACCACCGCUUUUGAACUGGAAGCCUGAUGAAGCCCAGGGAACAUAUUCUUCUCUCUCUCUCUCUCUCCUGUCUCCAUGGAGAAACAGACCAUCAAGAAUCUCCAUUCCCUACUCCGGCCACAGAUUCUUCUCUUUGCUGAACAGACCCAAAACUCUGCUUCACUUGACUUUAAGACAAGUAAGAAGAGAACAGUUCAUCAAAUCGGUCCCUAAAGCAGC